AGUGGUCCUGGGGUCCGAGCCGGAAAGCGGAAGCGGCGUGCAGCACGUGGGGGAGGUGCCUGUUGGAGGAGUGUAGCUCUCUCUGGGGGGUGGGAGGCGAAGCUGUCUGCCGCGACCAUGGAGGAGGAGGGACAAAGUGCUGGGGGCUGGAGGGACACCAAGGAACCUGAAGACCGGCUGCGUGCCAUGGAGAGUUCAGGGGAGCAGCCGAGCGCACAGCCCCCGCUUCCUGGGGACCACUGCAUUCGCGACGGCGACUUCGUGGUGCUGAAACGGGAAGAUGUGUUCAAAGCAGUGCAGGUCCAGCGGAGAAAAAAAAUAACUUUUGAAAAACAGUGGUUCUACCUGGACAACGUCAUUGGCCAUAGUUAUGGAACCACAUUUGAAGUGACUGGUGGGGGAAGUCUUCAGCCCAAGAAGAAGAAGGAAGAGUCUACUUCAGAGACUAAAGAAGCUGGCACUGACAAUCGAAAUAUAAUUGAUGAUGGGAAAUCUCAGAAACUCACUCAAGAUGACAUAAAAGCUUUGAAAGACAAGGGCAUUAAAGGAGAGGAAAUAGUUCAGCAGUUAAUUGAAAAUAGUACAACAUUCCGAGACAAGACAGAAUUUGCUCAGGACAAAUAUAUAAAAAAGAAGAAGAAGAAAUAUGAAGCCAUCGUUACUAUUUUGAAGCCAUCCACUCGUAUUCUUUCAAUUAUGUAUUAUGCAAGAGAGCCUGGAAAAAUUAACCACAUGAGAUAUGAUACACUAGCGCAGAUGUUGACAUUGGGAAAUAUUCGUGCCGGCAAUAAAAUGAUCGUCAUGGAAACAUGUUCGGGCUUGGUGCUGGGUGCAAUGAUGGAACGAAUGGGAGGUUUUGGCUCCAUUAUUCAGCUGUACCCUGGGGAUGGACCCAUUCGGGUAGCAACAGCAUGUUUUGGAUUUCCCAAGUCUUUCCUCAGUGGUCUGUAUGAAUUCCCCCUCAACAAAGUAGACAGUCUCCUGAACGGCACAUUUUCUGCUGAGAUGUUAUCUUCAGAGCCGAAAGACAAUACUUCCAUUGAAGAAAGUAAUGGCAUAGUCGAGGACAAGCAGACUCCUGAACAAGACACUGAGGACCCCAUGACAGAGGCACCAGACAGCAGUCACCCAGAAGACCAAGAAACAAUGGAAGUUGUUGCUCAAGGCCCAGAAUAUAAGGAGCCAAAGGAGAGAGGAAGCAAAAAAGCUUACAUUCAGGAAAAGCAGAGGAGACAAGAAGAACAGAGGAAAAGACAUUUAGAGGCUGCUGCUCUGCUGAGUGAAAGAAAUGCAGAUGGUUUAAUCGUGGCAAGUCGUUUCCAUCCCACUCCACUGCUGCUGGGUUUACUGGACUUUGUGGCCCCUUCACGGCCAUUCGUGGUCUACUGUCAGUACAAAGAGCCUUUGUUGGAAUGCUACACAAAACUGCGGGAGAGGGGAGGAGUCAUCAACCUCAAGCUGUCUGAAACCUGGCUCCGAAAUUACCAGGUUUUACCAGAUCGAAGUCACCCCAAACUGCUGAUGAGUGGAGGCGGGGGCUACCUUCUGUCAGGGUUCACCGUGGUCUCGGACAACGUUAGAGCAGAUGCCACCCUCAGAUGCAGCACAGGCACUUUAGAGUCCCUCAAGACAGAGGAGCCAGCAGCCAAAAAACAGAAAUGCACAGAGUCUGGGUCUUAACCCUUUAAGAACGGCUUUGAUUUUUGUUCUCAGACAUUCUGCCAUUAAUAAUUAAACUUUAAAUGCCAUUGCUAGUUGUUUUUUCAUAUUUUAGGAAUAACAACCUGUCUGUGCACCCCUCCCUGGGAAGGCGGAUCAGCCUCUGUCCACUUCUGACACUGGUGGUAUAGGGGGCUGGAACUGUAGCCAUACAGGCCUGGAUUGAUUUGACAGUUCUGUUUCUUUAACAAAAACCAGGAGUGCUUCUAAAUAUUUUGAAAUUUUUAACACUCUGAAUACGUAUUUAUAUAAGAUUGUUUAUAUAUAAACUAAGUGGAAUAACAAUGUAGCUAAAACUUGGUGAGUUCUGAAAGAAUUUGUAGAAGAAAUUUCCGAGGUUCAUUCUGUUCUCUUUACCCAAGCGAUACGGAUGUGUGGCUGUGUGCAUAUUACAGUACCAAAAACAUCCACCCUAUUCCCUGCAGGGGAAUAAGCUUUCCUUACAUGCUACGAUUUACUAUUUUAAUAGUUGACAACCUAGAAGAGUUCUAAGUAUUUAUUUACUGCUUUUUUUUUUUUUUACAUAGAAGAUUUAGUGGGUACUUUUUUUGCAGUAAUUUGCCAGUUCCCUUAUUCUUUGUUCCAAAUAAAGUGACUGGAAUUUUUGUGGAAUAUUUAAUUAAAAGAAACAUUUUUUCCACUGUAGAGACUUAAAGACACACACAUUUAUAUAUGUGUAUAGAUGCUGAUAUGUACACAUACACAUUUAUAUAUGCACCCAGACAGAAUGUGAUACCUAUCUGGAUGUACACAGACAUGGAGAGAAUUUAGUAUUUAUUUGAAUUACAGAAAAAGUUUCAUGCAGGACUUGGACUAGUUCUCAUUGCAUUGGUGUUGCUCCUUGUCAAAUACAUUUAAAGUGCCUUUUUCUAGUGAUUAUUAAUACAGGUCUGAAAUGUUCUGUGGUGAUUGGGUAUGUAGCCUCAAUAAGCUCUACAAAGCAAAUUAUUUGACUAUCUGGUGACAAAGGUUCAGAGUGAGCCAAGGCUCUUGUCUGGUUGAGAAUGGAUCUUGCUCUGUAAUCACGCUUGUGUGUGCUGUUCACAUUAGCAUAGAAGAGACAGGGAUCGUGCAGCCCAGAGCAGCUCUGAAAGAUGAGAUUUCUUUUUCCUAAUAACAUGUCCUAUCUGAUAAUAACUGAUGUGAUUACCAACAAGUACAGUUGUGGUUUCCUUUUCUUAAAGAAUAAAAGUGUUUCCUACGCUG